GUGUAUGCCUCAGUCAGCGAUGCAAAUGCCGUGGCCUUCUGCGAUUCGCUGGUCAUGGUGAACCAGAUGGAGCGCUACCGUCCACAAAAACUUUCUUAAAUUUAAAAAUAUUCAAAUGAAUAGUAGAAAAUCACCACCAUAGGUUAACAACUGAGCUUUAGCAACCGACUGCAGAAGACGUCGCUACGUUACGGUACAGUCAAACGGUGGUCCGGUGGUUCCACAAUGCACCAAAUAGCUUUGGCUUGGUUAGGCACUGGCUUGGUAACGUGGCGAUCGUAAUGUCACAAUGAAAAAAAUUCUCUAAGUUAAAGUGUGUGUUGGCCACCCUAGCACCGUAGUACCGGUAGUACCGUAGCCAGCCUAGACAUGCCUAGAGCCUUAGUUGGAAAGCGGUUCGAACGAGGCGUCGUUCGAACUUAUUCAAACCGCGCACCCCAGACUUACGGCUGGCCCAGCGAGGUGUGCCAGGUGUGCUCGCAGACUGAGGUCCGUGAAGACGCAUGGUCUUCCAUAAAACCAACUCAGAUGCACGCUGUCCCUUUGACAAUGUUACACGGACGUGAAUCAUCCAGCGAACAGAACCCGCGAACGGGCUACCACGAAUCACGGCAUCGAAGUGGAGCUCUUCAUGAAGGCCUUCCCGAGGCCAAGAAGGACAUUCUGCAGGCCGCAGUUUCUUGUUUGCCCGUGGUUGUGUCCCCGCCACAGCUAGACUUCUAUCUAGAUAAGAAAGAGGGUCACACGCAGGUGCUCACUUUGUACAACAUCAACGACCACCCGGUACACUUUCUGUUGAUGUCAAACGCACCACGACGGUUUGGUGUCUCGGGGCGUACAGGGAUAAUCACGCCACACUGCUACACUGAGGUAGUGGUGAAUCACUGUGAUUUGUCUGAAGCCAAUGUGGGCAUCAAAGACAACUUGCGCAUAGUCAUGUCCAUUCAAGGGAGCCGCCUUCGGAACAUUAGGGAUGUGCCUGCUGUCCUGUGGGCCACACGCAGUAACUCUGACGACGAGGACGAAAAGGAGGAUGAGGACGAUGCCUCCCAGAAUGAUUCUACCCAGUCGCAACCAUUGGUGGAGCAGAAACAGAAGAAAGGCAGGACUGCAUUUGGACAAGACCCACUUGUGCUGUUUGUGGUGCUGGCCUGUGUUGUCGUGCUUAUGCUACCACUUGAGGAUGCACGUGACACCAACAGCCAUCCAUUGCUUGCGCACUUGCCUAUGAGGCAUGAGCACAAGCUCUUCGCUGCAUAUAUUCUCGGACUAAUGACAACACUCAUUGUCCGCAAGUAAGGGCUGGCUUCCUUCUCCUGUGCUCAAGAAUGGUUGGACCCCUUAAAACCAAUCAGGCCAACUUCAAGAAAGAUUGGACACGAAAUUUUCUGACCUUCUCCUCCUAAUGACGGUUUAUUCAUUAUAAAAUAAAGUGUGCCUGAUUUUGGUAAAUAGUACAAUUUAGUUCUUGAAUCUGCAUUCCCAGCAUGCCUUUCAUUAAUUUAUACAGGUUUUAAACUAAAGAACAAAAAGCAGUGUAACUCAUGUCAUGAUCACUGUCGACGAUAAUGCAUAUAGCACUAAAUCAAUGUAGCAACACAAUGUAUUGCCACUGUCGAAACAAGCUAUGUAUGAGACAUGUACUGCUGCGGAAUUUCUCCUUUGCCCUUCGAUGCA